CAUUUCCUCAAAUAUAGAGACAGUUGUAUUUGUAUACGAUACAUAUUUAGAGAGAGAAAGGCGAGAGAGAGAGAGAAAGAGAAGGAAGAGAAAUUUUCUAUUUUCACGGUGGAAGGGAAUGCACAGGAGUUUCUUUGCAUGGUUGAAAAGUUUUGACGACUCUUUCCAGCCUCCGGUCUGCUGUGACAGGCACCGGUUGAAGGCUGGUCACGCAACCUGAAUAUUACUAGCAAAUUGUUGACUCUCUAUAUAUGCUUUCCUUUCCCUUCUCAUUUCUGCGUUUCAGAAAUUUGUGAGAAAAACAAGAAGGGAAAGAAAGUACACAAGUUUUUCAAGGAUUAUUAGAUACUAUUUUGUUAGAUUGGAUUGAAAAUGGCUGAUAUCUCGGGAGUGAUCUCGAGGCAAGUUUUACCAGCAUGUGGAGGCCUUUGUUUCUUCUGCCCUGGGAUGAGGGCGCGAUCUAGGCAGCCUGUCAAACGUUAUAAGAAGUUGAUCUCCGAUAUCUUCCCUAAAUCACAGGACGAAGAACCAAAUGAUAGAAAGAUUGGUAAACUUUGUGAAUAUGCUGCCAGAAACCCUUUACGGAUUCCAAAGAUCACAAAUACAUUGGAGCAAAGGUGCUACAAGGAACUCAGAAAUGAGAACUAUCGAUCCGCAAAAACUGUCUUGUUGAUUUAUAGGAAGUUAUUGAAUACUUGCAAGGAGCAACUACCUCUCUUUGCAAGUAGCUUACUGAGUGUCAUACAAACUCUUCUAGAGCAGACAAGCCAGGAUGAUAUGCAAAUUACAGGAUGCCUGACACUUCUUGAUUUUGUGAAUUGUCAGAAAGAUGCCACAUACAUGUUUAACUUAGAAGCAUUUAUUCCAAAACUCUGCCAACUAGCUUUAGAAGUUGGGGAUGAUGAGAGAGCAAUGCAAAUUCGUUCUUCUGGACUCCAAGCCAUUGCUUCCAUGGUUUGGUUCAUGGGCCAAAACUCUCAUGUUUCGGCUGAAUUUGAUAAUAUUGUUUCUACAAUAUUGGAAAAUUAUGGGGGAUCUGGUAAAGACUCAAAGGUUUCAGAAAAUGCCAAUCAGAGCAAUUGGGUAGAUGAAGUUCAGAAGAUUGAGGGUUAUGUUUCUCCUUCACCAGAGAUAGGGAGAGUUCCUUCAUGGGAUAUGAUAUUGAAUGAGAAAGGCGAAAUAAAUAUGACAGUGGAAUAUGCACAUAACCCGCUCUUUUGGUCGAGGGUAUGCCUGCAUAACAUGGCCAAGCUGGCCAAGGAGGCAACGAUUAUGCGACGUGUGCUUGAAUCAGUUUUCCGCUACUUUGACAAUGGAAAUUUAUGGCCUCUUAAGAAUGGUCUUGCUUUUCCCGUUCUUAAGGACUUGCAGUUUUUAAUGGAUGAUUCUGGGGAAAGUGCACAUUUUCUGAUAUCAAUUUUGGUCAAGCAUCUUGACCACAAAAAUGUUCUAAAACAACCAGAUAUGCAGCUCGACAUAAUUGAAGUCUCCACAGCUCUUGCUCGACAAACCACUAUUCAUUCUACAGUAGCCAUGAUAAGUGCAAUAACCGACCUAAUGCGGCAUUUACGGAAAAGCGUACACUGCUCUCUUGAUGAUGCAAAUUUAGGAUCUGAUGUAAUCAAAUGGAACAGGAAAUUUAGGGAACUGGUGGAUGAGUGUCUUGUAGAAAUAUCUCACAAGGUUGGAGAUGCAGGGCCUGUCAUUGAUACCAUGGCUGUCAUGUUGGAGAACAUCUCAACCAUUACAGUCAUUUCAAGGACAACUAUUUCUGCUGUUUAUCGAACUGCUCAAAUUGUAGCUGCCAUGCCAAAUUUAUCUUAUAAGAACAAGGCAUUUCCUGAGGCUUUGUAUUACCAGUUGCUCACUGCAAUGGUCCAUCCAGAUCAUGAAACGCGUAUAGGAGCACACCGCAUUUUCUCUGUAGUUCUUGUACCUGCUUCAUUUCAUCCUAGGACAGGCUCAGCAAAUGUUGAAUCCAAGAAUGCUUCUGAUCUAGCAAGAACACUCUCUAGAACGGUCUCUGUCUUCUCUUCAUCUGCAGCUCUUUUCAGGAAGCUAAGAAAUGACAGGUCUUCAUCCAGGGGAGGUGGUAGUCUGGACAACAAUGAUAAAGUUGCAAGGGAGGAACACCAAAAUAACAACAGUGGUGUUCUUAACAGGAUCAAAUCCACAUACAGUCGGGUUUAUACUUCCAAAAAUGCAUCUGCACCUCUAAAUGAUGAGGGAGAUUGUGCAGAUGAUUCUUCAAAUAAAGAAUCGGAAAUUUCUUCUCUUAGGCUAAGUAGUCGCCAGAUCAGCCUCCUGCUUUCAUCAAUGUGGGCCCAAUCCAUCUCACCUACGAAUGUACCUGAAAAUUUUGAAGCAAUUGCUCAUACAUACAGCUUAGUAUUGCUCUUCUCUCGAUCCAAGCAUUCCAGCCAAAAAAACCUAGUUAGAAGCUUCCAGUUAGCAUUUUCGCUGUGGAACAUUUCUCUCUCAGAAGGAGGAACACUACCACCAUCACGUCGCAAAUCCCUCUAUACCUUGGCAACAUCUUUGAUCAUCUUUUCAUCAAAAGCAUUCAAUAUUGCACCUCUUGUUCAAUGUGCGAAAACAGCACUUUCAGAUAAAGUGGUGGAUCCGUUUCUGCAAUUGGUUGAUGAAUGCAAGUUACAAGCAGUUAAAGGGCCUGAACAACCUAGGAUCCUUUAUGGAUCCAAAGAGGAUGAUAUUUGUGCUUCAAAAGUUCUUCUUGAAAUAAAAGCCACUGCCAGUCAGAGAAGAGAGACCUUUGUGUCUAUGAUUUUAAACAAUUUGUCUCAGUCUUCACUCACAAGGGAAGAGUUGCUAACAGAAUUCUUACCCGAUGAAGGGUGCCCACUAGGAACACAGUUCAUGGAACCUCCACGAAGAGUACAAUUUAAUUUAGAUGAUAAUAGAUCUAUGGAGAGCAAUGCAACAUUUACAAACGAUGAUGAUGGAAUUCCAGAUUCAUUUGCAAAUCAAUCCAAGAACAAGUUACAUCUAUCCACUUCGACAACCAAUCUUUUGAGUGUCAAUCAACUUCUUGAAUCAGUUUUGGAGACUGCACAUCAAGUUGGCAGAAUUUCGGUCUCAAACUCAGGUGACGUGUCUUACAAGGAGAUGGCGGGUCAUUGUGAGGCCCUUCUGAUGGGAAAACAACAGAAAAUGUCCUAUUUGAUGAACAACCAACAAAGGCAGGAAACAAUGUGGACGGAAAACUUAAAAGUUAUUGAAGAAGAAACGAAUCUCCCCCAUGCUCAUAUAGCCGGGCCUUUCCAAGAGGAAAAACACGCAGACAAUCCUUUCUUAUAUCAAGAUCCAAGCUUGGGCAUAAAUAAACCGACAAAUCUUCCAAUGAUGCCAUUGAUGUGCAGAGCAGAGUACAAUCAUCAUCCUACAUUUACGCUACCAGUGUCGAGCCCAUUCGAUAACUUCUUGAAAGCUGCUGGCUGUUAAAUUUCAAAGGAAGUCCCUUAAUCUAGCUGAAGAGGUUUUUUAGCAAUCGACGCUCGAGAAGAAAAUGGUUAUAAUUGUCAAGAACAACAUCUGCUUCCAUAAUAGGAUUUGAUUGAAAAUAGAUCUUGUCAAAUCGAUUAUUUGAUUUAUUUAUUAUGUUUCCUUACUUUAUAAAACAUAUUCUUUUCGUUUUGGAAACUUACUGCUUGUACUAAAGAUGAAGUAAAAUCGCAUGAGUUUAUAUAACAUUAUUGUCGCGAUUGAGGCAUGGAAUAAGGUUUGAAGAGUGGUUUCCUUUUCGGGUUUA